AUGGCGCAAAGAGUGCCAAAUAAUACUGCUACCGGUGUUAUUAAUCCUCAAGACGAAUUCAAUUUCCAACAUGUUCCGGCACAGGCGUUAGAUGCUGUCAGAAUGCGCUUUGCCCAGCUCACGCAUUCUUUGGCCAAACUCAAAGAUGAGAUGUCAAGGGCCGAGCUUCCUCAGUGGUACUCACUGCAAGCACAAGUAAGCGUAAUUUUGACUCAGCUACAAUCACUUACUACUACUAUUCACCAUUUUGAAGAACUAUUAGAUUCUACUGUGGUGUACCCAUUGGCAAAUUUCCCAACCACGGCCCAUGAAGGUCUCUUAACUACGUUGUUGCGAAAGAAAAAUAACCCCGAGGCUGAUGCUUGGAUCAGUGAUGCAAAAGAAACCGUUGGGGUUGAUAUGAAUACAACCUCAUCAGCGGACCUCCGAGCGCUACUCAAGAGCGAUGAAGCAGUAACUAAGUGGGCUCUUAAGUUUUUAGACGACGAUUAUAGCAAUUAUGCGUUUCAAGGUUUGCACACCGCUCAGGAAUUAUCUGAUGAUCCCUCUCUAGGGCAAGUGGAUGAGUACAAACCUUCUAGAGCUAAAAGUGUCCCAAAGAAACCUUUUGAUGUCGAUGGAGUUCUGAAGGCAGUACAUCAAGGAAUAACUUGA